UUGUGCUGGUCUUACAGUUUGUGACCCUUGCGUAGUUAAUUCGAAGAGGAAGAAGAAGGAGAAGACGAGUAAGAAGACGAGUAAGAAGACGAAGAAGGCGAAGAAGACGAGGAAGUGUGAUAUCUGCAUGGAAGAGGUUUCAUCAAAACAUGCCAUGACAAGAAUGGAGUGUGGUCAUAGGUUUUGCAAUGAUUGUUGGAAGGGACACUUUACUGUGAGGAUUAAUGAAGGUGAGAGCAAAAGGAUUAGAUGUAUGGCUCAUAAAUGCAACGUGAUUUGCGACGAGGAUGUUGUUAGGAGACUAGUUAGUCCGGAGUUGGCUGAGAAGUUUGAUCGUUUCCUCAUUGAGUCGUAUGUCGAAGAUAACAAGAUGGUGAAGUGGUGUCCAAGCACACCGCAUUGCGGGAACGCGAUACAAAAAACGGUAGAUGACGACGACGAUGAGGUUGAGUGUUCAUGUGGACAUCAGUUCUGUUUCAGUUGUCUGAGUGAGUCUCACUCUCCUUGCUCUUGUUUGAUGUGGAAGCUAUGGACUAAAAAGUGUGCAGACGAGUCUGAGACUGUUAAUUGGAUAACAGUUAACACUAAGCUGUGUCCCGAAUGUAGCAAACCAGUUGAAAAGAGGGAUGGGUGCAAUCACAUGACUUGUAUUUGCGGGCAGUGUUUUUGCUGGCUGUGUGGUGAAGCUACUGGAAAGACUCAUAGCUAUCGGAGUAUCGCUGGUCAUAGCUGUGGUCGGUACAAAGAUGACAAAGUAAGGCAACUGGAUAGAGCCAAAAGGGAUUUGGACAGGUACACACAUUACCAUUACCGCUACAAAGCACAUACCGAUUCAUCGAAGCUAGAGAAUAAACUUAGGAAAAGUAUCCUGGAGAAGGCAGAGUUAAAUUCUGAAACCAAGGAUAAUCGAGCCGUGUUUAAAGAAUACGGUUGGGUUACAGAUGCAGUGAACCGGUUAUUCAGAUCAAGAAGGAUUCUUUCGUAUUCAUAUCCUUUCGCGUUCUACAUGUUUGGGGAAGAGCUGUUCAAAGAUGAGAUGAGCGAUGAAGAGAGGGAGAUAAAGAAGAAUCUGUUUGAAGAUCAGCAGCAGCAACUUGAAGGUAAUGUUGAGAAACUUUCCAAAAUUUUAGAAGAGCCUUUUCAUGAGUAUGAUCAUAAGGAAGUAAUAAAUAUGAAGAGUCAACUCAUCGACAUGAGUGCUUUGGUUGAUACACUCUGCAAGAAACUGUACGAGUGCAUUGAAAAUGAUUUAUUUGGUUCAGUCCGAUUCCACAACAUUGCACCUUACAAAUCAAGGGGAAUAGAACAAGCUCCUAAGUUUUGUGCUUCUUAG